AUCUGGAAUGUCCCCCCCACCCCAUUCCCCUCAGCCAAUCCCCGUCCUUUCCCUCUAACGGAUCCAAACCGUCGCCUCUGGGUUCCACCGCCGUUGUUUUUCCCGCCUUUUUCUCCCUCAAAACUUUCCCGCCAAUCACCUCAAAAGCCCCGCCUCGCGGACCAAUCACCGUGGAGAGGCCUCUUUACUUCAAUCGUGAGGAGACCUCAGCUUUAUUUUAGGAUGUAAUAAUAGGUUUUUUUUACACUUCAGUUUUGUUACCAGAAAAGAGGGUAAAUAAAGACCUAUUAUUAUACUUUGCUACUGGCAAAGGAGGCCUCGUGAUUUUAUUUCAGAAUAACCGUGAGGCUGCACUUUGCCUUGGUGUCAUUACACAAGUAAAAUGCUACAGAUGGGAUCCGUCUUAUUUAGAUUACAGUGCAUAACGAUGCACAGCGCAGGGACGGGCAUUGCCACUCUUUGACGGGGGAUUUCUGCGUGAAACGCGACUCGAGUUGCGUGGAUGUCUGACGAUGACCCCCACCUGGGGGCAGGCAGCCGGGGCGUGGCGGCAGUGCCCCAGGCAGCAGCUGCGCGCUUCCUUCACAAACCUCCUCAGAGUUCAGAGUGAGAGAGACGUGGGGGGAGCAGGCCAGGGGGAGACUCAACUCGCGUGCUCGUUCCAACAGAUCUGAGCCAUGGAGGGAAAGAAAGCUGUCAUCAGGGAUUCACUGGCCAGACUGAAGAAGUUACCCAGAUAUGACAACACCACGGUUCUCCUCCUGGUUCGUCUCAGGGAUCUCUCUGGAGAUAUGGAUUUGACCGUUGAAGAGCGCAUUGCGCUUUCUCAGGUUUUUUAUGAGGAGGGCGGUGCAGAGCUGCUCAUGAAGAUCUUGGAGUCCGUGUGCCCGGGCGGAUCUGAUAUCCGAGACGACAACGCCCGCGUGGUGGAGUUCAGCGCGAGAGUUCUGUCAAAUUACACAGGAUUAGUCCCUGAUCUAGAUCACAAGCUGUCGGAACUCGGAGCCAUUAAGUUAAUGGUGAAUCUGCUGAGAUCCCUUGUGGAGAAGAAUCAGCUGAUGGGAGCGGCUGAGCGGCUGGAGGUCGAGCCGCCACGUGGCAGGUGGAGAUGGUGCGGCAGCAGCGACGGGGAGCUCCUCUUGAUCUUCACACACCGACCCCGCAUGUUGCUGCACCCCCGGCUUAUAUUCGCUCCCUGGCGACUAAGCCCCACCUCUGGUCACGCCCCUCCUGGAACCUUUGGGAACGUUUCGGAGGCUUCCCUGUGGAUCCACCCCAUCACCUUUACCCCAUAUAUAAUGCCUACUAUAGAUAAACCGUAACUGUAUAAACAAUGUACGCCCCACAAUAAUACAGGAGAUGGCGCUCUUAUUACACAUGUGUAACAGAGUACGUGUGUCAAUGCAUGUGCACGUUGUAUUUUGUUACCCGGUCGAUGUGUGUAUAGAUGUGUGUUUGUGUUUCAGAGUAACACACAGUGGCGUAGUGGUAAGCGCACUGGACAGUGAGCAUGGCCACGGCUAACAUCAGUGGCAAGUUAAAUCUGAACUAGUCUUGGGCCUCCCCUAGCUUGACUCAGAUUUAAAUGAGUACCUGGUGCAAGGUGUAGGCAUCAGCAUUAGGGAAACAAAGGUUGCCAUCCUUGUUACAGGCCACCCCAUCCUCAUGUAUGUGUGUAUGUAUGUUGUUGAACUUCUUUUGCACCAUACGUAGCCAACCAUGCUAAUCAUGUGCUGUGCUGGCCUUCAUAGGUGCCUGCUAACAGCACUUUCGAACCACAGUUUGUCAGAGGCUAUAUGGGGGAUCUUUGUCUUUGUGUGCACAUAUUUGCAUAUACGUGUAUAUGCAUCUCGUUUUCCCAACCUGCAGCCCCAUUGUACUCAAUUGCAUUCCACUGUCGCUGAGUGUUUCAGUUGUUUGCUCCGACACAAUCUGAAAUAGAAGAUUAGUGUUGGAUACAUCCACAUUUGCAAAUAUGAUUUCUAAAUGUAAUCCUUAGCAAUGUAUUGUAUUGAGAGUUCACUUUUAAUGUACAAUUUUUAUUAAGUGACUGUGUGUUGUCUUGUGGUCUGGGACUGUAUUUGCUAUGGUUUUACUGCCUUUCCAGAGCUGUGGAAUUGAUGCAGUUUGAACUUUUAUAUACUUUAUUUGUUUAAGGGGUACCACAGUGGUGAGAUGUUAACUACCUCGCCUGGUAUGCAGGCGGUCGGUAUUUAGAUCCUGACCCUGACGCCUGCUGCUGUAUAUUUGG